AGAGAGAGAGAGAGAGAGAGAGAGAGAGAGAGAGAGAGAGAGAGAGAGAGAGAGAGAGACACACACACACACACACACACACACACACACACACACACACACACACACACACACACACAUCCCAUCACAACCAUAUCACAGCUACACUGCAUGAUCCCAGUAUAGUAUAGCGCUGCGCGUAGGCAUCGAUUUCAUUUGAAAAGCUUCAUAAAGUGUCGUAGCGGCAAGGUGUGGUGCACCAAGGACACGGAGCCACAUCACCACCCUCUACACACGAUAGCGAAUCCUCGCGAUUGGUCUCUUUCAGUCUGCGUCGCGAAGAGACGAGACACACACCCCACACCCCUUCGCCUUUGAAGCAACGGCGCUCCGGAGAGAGGCGAAGCCAAUAGAGCCAGCGCCGCUAUGGAGGGCAUGCAGGCAUACGGAGCGGGCAAGGCCGGAGGGGCGUUCGACCCCGUCACCUUCUUCCAGCAGCCGCACACCGUCCUCCGCAUCGUGUCGUGGCUGUUCUCCAUCGUCAUCUUCGGGUGCAUUGCUAACGAGGGAUACAUCAACAAACCCAACGAGGUGGAGGAGUUCUGCAUCUUCAACCGCAACCAGAACGCCUGCAACUAUGGCGUGUGCAUGGGCUCUCUGGCCUUCCUGUGCUGCCUGGGCUUCCUGGCACUAGAUGUCUACUUUCCCCAGAUCAGCAGUGUCAAGGACCGCAAAAAGGCCGUGCUGGCAGACGCUGGAGUGUCUGCCUUCUGGUCCUUCAUGUGGUUCGUCGGCUUCUGUUUCCUGGCCAACCAAUGGCAGGUAGCCAAGUCCGAUGACAACCCCCUGAAUGAAGGGGGUGACGCGGCCCGCGCUGCCAUCACCUUCGCCUUCUUCUCCAUCUUCACAUGGGCGGUGCAGUCGUUCCUGGCCUUCCAGAGGUACAAACUGGGGGCAGACUCUGCCCUCUUCUCCCAGGACUACGUGGACCCCAGCCAGGACGCAUCCGGGGCCCCCUACUCCUCCUUCAGCCCCGGGGACGACCAGGAGAGCCCAGAGGCUGCGGGACAGGCCAGGGGUGAGGCGGGCUUUGAAGGCGGAGACGGCUAUCAGCGUCAGGACUACUGAAAACAGACCGUCAGGGGGUACAUGAGGUCAUAGGUUUUUGGGAUUGGGCCCUGGGGGGUGUAGUUGUUUGGGUUAGAAAAAAUGUAUAUGGGAUUGUAUUCAAUUUGACGAUGGGGUCGAAAGGGGGUUGUGGGAUGCAGGAAAACACGCUAAAUGAGAUCCAGGUCUCUCCUCCACGUUUGCCUUUUUUCUCUGAGGUGCAUUGUUUGGUUCUCUUUAUCGGUGUUUAUGCUAACCAAACAACAUGCAAGUACACACAUAUAGGCUACAGUGUAGCACAUGAAGUACCGUUGGAAAAUAACCUCCUUAGAACUGCACCAGACAGACAGACAACCUAUCACCUUAUCCAGGCUUCUGCUAGUCUACAUAUGCAUAGACACAUUAAGGUGCUUUUAGACUGCCCCAACCAACAAACCCGGACAACAGUGGAAAGUAGGCUAUAGUUGCAUGGUCAAAAAACAAAAAUACAUCAUCAGGCCAUGUGCAACAACCACCAACUAUUGUUCAUUUCUGUUUGUUCCUGUUGGCUGGGGCAGUGUACCAACACUGAUAGACUUGGAGAUGGACAGCUUUAGUCCGUUCAGGGGAUGGAGGUCAUGUUUAUUGCCCUACUAAAAAAAAUGUAGUCGACGUGGGGGUUUUGCUAUCGGUGGCCUUCGUGGUAACUGCCAAGCUUAAUUAAUCUACAACAACAGCAAAACAAUUACCCAACCCAAAAGGAGCCUUACAGCAGCAGCUUCUAUCAUUUUUGUCCUAAAUCGCCAAAAUUCAUCUUGAAAAAAGCUGUAAUAUGGCACUGCCACCUCUGUUAUGCUGGUGGUCAACGAUUGAAUAUCCCAAUAAACAACAAAUCACAUUGAGUAUAGUCAAAUGGUCAUUUACAAGCUGUUACAGUUGUGUUCCGAUUCUUCGAAAAUGGAAAACUAAUCUCAGUUAACCAAUGUUCAGAUUACAUAAGUACAUUGCUCUGACACCAUCGCUCUGACAAAAAAUAUACUCAAUAAAAGUAUCUUUGUAUGUAAAUAAAUAUAUAAAUGAAUCUCUACGUCAGCUUACCAAGUUUUAUUUAUUUAUUUUUAGGGCAUUAUGCUAUGUCAAAAAUAAAAUAAAUAGAGGUAUACAUAAAAUAAGAUAUACAAUCUUGAGUGUUUUGUGCGUGAUAUCACGUUAGCCUCCUUUAUGUUGUCAGAUAUGGAGAUGUUUUUAUUUUUGGUAUAAUAACAUGACUUUAAAAAAUACUGCAACAAAAAAAUUUACCAAAUUGUGAGACUAUAAAAACAUAUAUAUAUGUAUGUGUGUGUGUGUAUGUGUAUGUAUAUAUAUAUAUAUAUAUAUAUAUAUAUAUAUAUAUAUAUAUAUAUAUAUAUACUUUUAUAAAUACAUUUAGAUUUAGAAAUAUGUGAUGUUACUCUGUCAACUUAAGUAACAUAAGGUUUAAAAAAAUAUUAUACGAUACAAGUAUGUUUUUGAUGUCCUGAGAUGAACCAAUAAAAGUCAAUACAAUAUGAAUAAA